UGUAUUGGAAAUUAUUUAAUAUGAUUAAUCGAAAAUUAUUCUAGUACUCCAGAAAAAUGAGGAUUUUGGCAUUAAAUUCAAUUUGCUUAGUCGCAAUAUUUGGUAUUGCAUCAGUUUUUGGAACAAACAGGGGAGUUUUUCCAGCAGUUCUCCUGUAUGCUCGUCUAGAUUUCACCAACGAGUGUACACGUGUAACCAAAAUGUUGGAUGCCACCUGUUACAACGUUUACAAUAUGCUUCGAGCUGGCUUUGCAUAUUACAUGAACCCGUUGUUCCUUGCUCGAGCUCGUUUUAAUGCGGCAUAUGCAGAUUUCAUUGCGCAGUCUGGACUUGAUGCUGAACUUGUAUCAACUUUCACAACUACUGUAGACAACACGAUUGAAACUUCUUUUGUUGUAUUGGAACAAACUGGCCCACCAAGUUUUGAGGAAAUGGUCUUAAUGGGCUUUUCAAUGUAUAUUAACGAUGGACAUGGUAUGGGAUGUGGCGGAACUUAUUGUGCAUAUGCAAUUGAAAGUAGUAUGCAGUCUUCUUCGUUCUUUUCUAUGUUGUCAUAUGCUAUGGAUAGUAAUGGAAUGCCCUAUUCAGAUGAUUGUAAAAUUCACAUCAUUCAGAAAUUCUUAGAAGUAUUCAAGGAUAGAGCUGCAGAAAUCAUAAUGAUAAUCGUUGAUCGAAUGGGAAGCAUGCCAAAUACCGCGACAGCAGUUUCAGAUCUCAUUUCGGAGAUUAUUGACCUUCUGAAUCAUUUAAUUGACUUAAUGAACAAUUGUGAUAACGACGUUUGUCUCAAUGAUUUAAUUGCGUUCCUGGAUAAUUGCAGCAAUAACUGUAUUAACAAUUUGCUAGACCAGUUAGGAUCGGAUUUUCCAAUGGCGGUACAACAAGACGUAUCUGACGUCAUGAAUGAUAUAUACUCCAAAAAAAUGAGGAUUUUGGCAUUGAAUUCAAUUUGUUUAGUCGCAAUAUUUGGUAUUGCAUCAGCACAAACUGGACUUUUUCCAGCAGUUUUUUUGUACGCUCGUUUAGAUUUCACCAAUGAGUGUACACGUGUAACCAAAAUGUUGGAUGCCAGCUGCUACAAUGUGUACAAUAUGAUUCGUGCUGGCUUUGCAUAUUACAUGGGCCCAUUAUACCAUGCUCGAGCUAAUUUUAAUGCGGCAUACGCAGACUUGAUUGCGCAAACUGGAUUUGAUCCUAACGUUCUACAAAGUUUUAUCGACUAUGUAACCGACACAAUUGAACCUUCUUUUGUUGUAUUGGAACAAACAAAUCCAAGUUUUGAGGAAAUGGUCUUAAUGGGCAUUACGCAUAUCAUAAGCCAAGGAAUGGGUAUGGGAUGUGGUGGAACACAAUGUUCAUAUGCUAUUGAAAGUAGUAUGCAAUCUUCUUCGUUCUUUUCUAUGUUGUCAUAUGCUAUGGAUAGUAAUGGAAUGCCCUAUUCAGAUGAUUGUAAAUUGCACAUCAUUCAGAAAUUCUUAGAAGCAUACGAGGAUAGAGCUGCAGAAAUCAUAAUGAUAAUCGUUGAUCGAAUGGGAAGCAUGCCAAAUACCGCGGCAGCAGUUUCAGGCCUCAUUUCGGAGAUUAUUGCUAUUCUGAAUGACUUAACUAAUCAAAUGAAUGCUUGUACUACCGACGCUCAACUUAACGCAAUACUUGCGCAAUUGCAAAGUUGCAGCAGUAACUGUAUUAACAAUUUGCUAGAUCAGUUAGGAACAGAUUUUCCAAUGGCGGUGCAACAAGACGUUUCAGACGUCAUGAUGGAAAUAACAGGAAAUAUGGGAUGGAAUGAUUUUGUCGCACAAUUUGCAGCUACUUGUCCAUAAGGACCAGAAUGACAUAUUUCAUAACGCAAACUUUUACAUACCAAUUUGCAUGAUUUUUGUGAAACAAAUGAAAUUUUUUAAAGUAAAAUAAUAAAAAAAAAUUCUUAUCAAA